UGAUAGAGAUCCUGACGAGUAAUAAAAUUGAAAUGGGUAUAAGUGUGCCCCAUGUUUGGUAUUGCUGAUGCACAAAAAUAUAGCUAAUAAAAAGGAAAAUAAGGUCUCAUAGAAUAAUUUACUUUAAUCCUGCCUAAAAGAAUUUCAACUGCUGUGGCUAUUGAGAUCUUCCUCUUGUUCUUAUUACAGACUUAAUGUUAUAAUUUUACCUGGUAAAGUAUUAAUUUUCCUGGUACUGUGGUGCAUACUGCACAUAAAGUUCAGAUUUGUGUAAGUUUGUUGGUUAAGUAUGUAUGGGUAUAAAGUAUCAUAUUUAGUUUGGUUUUGCCUUGGUGGGUGGAAGGGUGAUAUUAAUAGGCUAAAUAACUUUCCAUCACCUUGAUCUUUUUUUAUGUUCAUCCUUAAAUCUUAGCAGAUAUUUUAAUUAGGAUAUACUUGGUAUAAAUGAUACGCUUGAAAAUGUUUACUAAAACGAAUGUGCUCGUUUGUUGUUAUAUACUAUAUUUAGAAACAUUCAUAGGAUAGGAAACAAAUAUUUUUACUUUAUGACAAAUAUUAUUACAUAUAUGUGUGUGUGUAUGAAGUAUCAGUCUUGAUUUUGGAGAUGGUUCAAAAAAAUAAUUACAAAAUAAAAGUGUAUAAACCAUGAAACAUAAAGUGAUCCGUCACACACACUAACUCUCUCACUGCCAUGGGCAUGUAUGUUGCCCGUUAGAGCAUUGUCAUUAGAGUUUGGAAUCCUGUAUCACCAUGAAGAGAGAUAUUCCUUUUCAAAUUUUCCAGUUUCAUAAAAAUUUUUCUCAUCACUUGCUCUGGGUUCAAAGUGUGAGUCACAAAUACUGGCUGUGAUGCUUGGACUUCUUUUUUCUGGAGAACCAGUGAGCUAGAUGCUACUAUGGAAGACAAUUUUAGUCAGAGCUCAGAAUCCAUUGCCACUAGUGAGGAAUAUGAAAUUCUGAGCCCAAGUGAUCCUGAGUUAUGGAUAACCAGCAGUGGUAGAGUGGAUCCUUUGAAAUCUUCCCCUCAAAAAUAUUCAUGCAAUACAAAAUCUUCCCCUGUGAAAAAAAACUUUAGUUCUUGUAGAACAACUGAAAGCUAUAAGCAGUGGAAUGACCCAUUACAGAGUUCAGCUGUUGAAAAUUAUGACAGACAACUUACUAAACCACUAGUGAGUGGAAUGGGUCAGAAAAAUGGUACCACCAGCAGCAAGUCUCAAAUAAGUGAUGAAAUAGACAAAUUACCUAUGGAACUGGAGAUAACUACUGUCAAAGACACUUCUAUUUCAACAGUCCACACUGGUGAUCAUUUAUCUAGGUCAGCAUCUGAUAAAGGACAAAAUUUGUUCAAGAAGGUUGCUUACUUAGGAUGUGCUACUAUUGAUGCUCCUCGUAGUGAAGUUGAAAUUCAAAGAAAUAUAGCCAUUUUGAAUGAGCAGUCAUCUAACCAGGCAGUGGAGAUCAACUUAUCAGUUCCUGUUCACUCUGAAGGCACUGUUAUACUUUUUGAGCCUGACACCAAUGGUGAAAUUUCCAACUUUGGUAUACAUCAAAUUCUUUUCUGUGCCCAAGGUUAUAAGGACACUACUGAAUCUAAUUGUUUUGCUUUCACAUGUCAUCAUGGAGACGAGUCCAAAACUGCAGUUUUCCAGUGUCACAUCUUUAAAUGUGACAGUUCUGAAACUAUUGAAAAGAUCUUGCAGUGCUUUGCAACAGUCUUCUGCCAAGCUCCUAAGAAUUUGUCUGGUCAUGGUCAUUCCAACUGCUCAGAAAACAUACUAGCUGUUGAAACUUCUGUGAAGAGUAAUGAACAAAUUUACAUAUUUGAAGCAUUUUUAGAUGUGAAGGAAGAUGAUUCUAAGGGGAGUUUCACAGUAUGUCCUAAAGACAAAGACUACUUCAAGCUAAGAUGCAAUGUCUUGAAAAUGAUUAAUAUGAGCAUUCAACAGGUAUCCAAUAAUAAAGAGUUAAAUAUUGAAAAAUGUUUUGGACUGCUAAUCUCACCUGGUAGGAAUGUCAACCAUAGUGAUAUGCAAUUAAUUGAAAUGGCAUCCAUGACCAAGAAUCUUAAUGGUGAAAAAAUAAUGUAUCACUUUAGUGGCAAGUGGAAUCCUAAUUAUCCUUUAUUUGAAGUCCUCAACACAGAAACACCUAGGGAUACGACAGUGUAUUUAACAGUUGCUGUGGAUGUGGUAAUCAUGGGAAUACAGGAACCUGUAAGGUUUUUGAUGGAGACCAAGGCUAAGAUAUUUGCUCAGAAUGAACGUUUUUGGUACUUCUCCAAAAAACCAUUUCAUGAACAACUUUAUCUUAAGCUCAGGCAGGUGAGUGAACAAAAGCCCUAG